ACUUUUUUUUCUCAAAAUCAUGAACCCUAAUCUUCCUCUUAGCCACGCCCCAUCAUCGUCAUCAUCAACAACAACAACACCAUAUGGAUUAACGAAGGACGAGUUUUCAACUCUAGAUCCAAUCAUCAGAACGUACCACACGCUCCCAAGAUCGCCAAACACGUGCACAUCCCUCAUAGCACACCGCGUAGACGCACCAGCACGUACCAUAUGGAGAUUCGUCCGCGACUUCGCGAAUCCAAACAAAUACAAACACUUUAUCAAAAGCUGCACCAUCAGAGGUAACGGUAAAGAGAUUAGCGUCGGGACCAUAAGGGAAGUUAGCGUCGUGUCUGGUCUUCCAGCGUCAACAAGCGUUGAGAUACUAGAAGCUCUAGAUGAAGAGAAACGAAUCUUGAGUUUUCGUGUUCUUGGAGGAGAACACCGGUUAAGAAAUUACCGGUCGGUUACGUCGGUUAAUGAGUUUGUUGUCUUGGAAAAGGAUAAGGUCAAGAGAGUGUACAGUGUGGUGUUGGAGUCUUACAUUGUUGAUAUACCAAAAGGUAAUACAGAGGAAGAUACGAGGAUGUUUGUGGAUACUGUCGUUAAAUCCAAUUUACAGAAUCUCGCCGUCGUUUCCAUGGCUUCUCCGACUUGAAACUUUUUUUGUGUUGAAAAUGUCGCGUGUAUAUAUAUUGAUAGUUGGCCAUAAAUGGGUCGGUUUGUUA